AUGGCGCAAUCUGAGACGUGUUUGAGUCGGCUGACCUCUGGAUGGCUUAAGAAAUAUUUUGUCAUACAUCAUUUUGCUGCUCUCUAUGCAUACUACUAUGUGCUGAGUCAAGGAAUAUUGCCUUACUUUGCUAAUUUCCGCCUGCUUUCAGAAUUCUCCACUCCCUUCGUGAACCAGCGUUGGUUUUUUCACAUGUUGGGCUACCACAAACUUUCCAAACCGAGUCUGGUUAAUGGUGUCGCCAUGACUUUUACAUUCUUCUUGGUGAGGAUCGCAGUCAUUCCAGGCUACUACAGCCAUAUGUACUUGGUCUUUGGUACGGAUGACUUCUACCGGUUACCGCUGGGGGGCCGCAGUGCCUGGGUUAUUUCCAGCGUGUCUUUGGAUGUCAUGAACAUCAUGUGGAUGCGCAGAAUCAUCCGCGGAUGUCUCAAAGUCCUUCGCUCGGCCUGGUCGAGAAAAGCAGGAACUGAGAUGGAACUAGAAACUAGAAAGACAGACUGACAUGGAGAUACAGACAGAAAAUGAACACAUUAGCACACAAACCUUCCAACUCGUUUCAUGUCUAACCUGAUGCUGGAGUGCAAAUGCCAUAUAUGUUUUGAUAUUCAUGCUGCUGUAAUGCUGUAGCAUCAUAAUUGUGAGUUUUAAACUGACAGAUCAAGAGCUUGGAAAACCAUUUAUUGUAUUAAUAAUGACUUACAUGAUGUCAUCUUUAAAUAUGGGCUCAACAGGAGGAAUUCAAUCACAGGCACUCCUUUAAAGAAAUCAGGUGAUUAAGAGGCAUGAUGAGACUGAUCACAAUCAGGACAACAGUUGUGGUUGCACUAUUUAUUAUGAAGCUGCUAUUAAGAUCAACCAACUUGCCUUUAUGAAUGCAAUUAACAAAGCAACAGCACAUCUGAACUUCCACAAAGAUACACAGUGUGUGCCUAUAGAUCAUGAUAAACAACUUUUUGACUACAAUAUGGAUAGGGUUAUACAACCAGAGGAAAUAUAAUGGCCAUUAUAAAUGUAGGUUAAAUGUAUGGGUGAAAGAUCCUGCCUUUGCAGCUCAGCACUGCAGCAGGAUAUACUCAAGAAACCAUGCAUGUCUACAUGUAAUUAUUGCAUAUAUGGAGAAUACUAUAUGGAGAUUAUUAUGUAUGUCUGGAAUGGAAAAUGUAUCAGGUGACACAAUGUUAUAUAAUAUGAGUUUCUGAAAAUCUAUAACUGCAGCCGUGUAUAAGCUUUUUGCUUGUAUUAAGUGGUUUGUUGUUUGGAUUUGGAAUGAUGACAAUAAUUAUACAAGCUUCAAUAAGCUAAGGAUUUUCAGGUUAUUUAUCAUUAAUUAAAUAAUAGAUAUAUAUGCGGUUAAACUCAACAAUGAUAUGAUUCUUGAAAAAGGUGUAUGAGCUAUUCCGACUGGAAUGAAUUUCUACAAAUUAUGUGAUGUCAAAAAUUGCUCAUGUAAGUAACCG